AUGAAUUAAAAAACAUAAAAAAUUAAUUAAUUUUAAAAAAUUGAUACAAACCACGAAGAUAUAAUUCACGAUAUAGCUUUUGACUAUUACGGUAAAAAAUUAGCAACAUGCUCAACAGACAGAUCAGUUAAAAUAUAUUAAAAAAGUUCAAAUGGAGAAUGGAAAUAAAUAAAUUCAAUUACAAACUAGGAUGGGCCUGUUUGGAAAGUAAAAUGGGCUCAUCCUGAAUUCGGUAACAUUUUAGCUGCUUGUUCAAUGGAUAGAUAUAUAAAUAUAUAUGAAGAGAAUCGUGAUUUUAAUUAGAAAGAUUAAAGUAAAAAAAAUAAUCAAAAGUAUAAUAAAUAUGUAUAUAAAAUAAACAAAGAUAAAUAAGGGACAUGGCGAAAUACAUAAAUAUAUGACAAUGAAUCAAUAGAAGAUAUGAAAUUUGGUCCAAAACAUUUAGGUUUGAUAUUAGCAAUAGCAAGAGCAGAUGGUAUUAUAAGGAUAUUUAUGUUCAAAGAUAUGUUAAAUUUACAAAUAUAAGAAAAAAUUACUGAAAUAAAUAUCACAAAGCUUGGAAUUAAUAGUAUUUCUUGGAGCAAAAAUAGGUUUGACAAGCCAAUGAUAGCCAUUGGUUGUAAAGAUUUCAAUACUUCAUAAAUAAAACAUUAUUGUAAUGUAUAUGGAAAUACAAUAAAAAUGCCUGAAGAAGUUGAAAAAAGCGAAUGCUUUUAAAUUUAUGCUAUUAAUAUUAUAGCAAAUUAACAAAAACUUAAUUAAUAAAUAAAAAUAUAUCCAGAUGAAACAAAAUAAAAUGAGUUUCUUCACUCAUAAGCAGUAAAUGAUGUUUCUUGGAGUUUACAUAAUGGAAAAUCUUUCCAUUUAAUAGGAACUUGUGGUAAAGAAGGUGCAAUUGUAUGGUAUUUAAAAAAUUUAGAAGAAAAUCAACUAUAAGUAUUGCAAAAAGUAAUCCUUAACUACAAUUUAGAAGUUGAAGUUUGGAAAAUCUCAUGGAAUUUAAGUGGAUAACUAGUUUCUACUACUGAUAGUGCAGAAGAGAUGAAUGUAUACUAAAGUAAAGGUAUUGGAUAAUGGUAAAAUGUAAAAACAGUUAAGUUAUAUUAAGAUGAAAUUUAUUUUUGA